UUCCUGCAUUGUCAAAUGUCAGGCUUGCUGUGCUUUCGGCGUUUUGCCAGUAGAAUAAACGGGAGUCUGAAAGUUCAUUUGAAAGCUCAUAGUUAAUGAUUAGGUUGUGAGUUAUCUUGGCCCAAGAAAAUCACGCUAGAACCACAGCGUUUCUAAACGUACUGUACUGUCGACGUUGCUGCCACCGUGUUAUCUAUAUUGUGAGGAGGACAGUGACAGUAUCCAAUGGGCCAGGCUGUCCUCCAGCUAUGCUGCUAUAGUUGGCCCUCCUUCCCUUUGGCAUCACUCCUACAUGACUGAACCUUGUUUGCCUGUCCUACAGUACAGAUGAACAUGGACAUGCACCAUGAUCACCACGACCACGGCACCAUGGCUCCUCCCACGGGGACAGACUCCCAUGGGGAUGGAGCAGUACACAGUGCAGGAGGAAUGAUGAUGAUGCAAAUGACCUUCUACUUUGGCUACACAAACGUGGAGCUGCUGUUUGCCGGUCUUGUCAUCAACACACCUGGAGAGAUGGCAGGGGCCUGCAUUGGUUGUUUCCUGCUGGCUGUGCUCUACGAGGGGCUGAAGAUCGGCAGGGAGUUCCUGUUGAGGAGGAACCAGGUCAACGUGCGCUAUAACUCCAUGCCUGUCCCAGGAGCAGACGGUACCAUGCUCAUGGAGACCCACAAGACUGUAGGCCAGCGGAUGCUGAGUCUGUCCCACUUGCUGCAGACGGUGUUACACAUCAUCCAGGUGAUGGUCAGCUACUUCCUUAUGUUGGUCUUCAUGACCUACAACGCUUACCUGUGUAUCGCCGUGGCAGCGGGGGCCGGGGUGGGAUACUUCUUAUUCAGCUGGAAAAAGGCUGUGGUUGUUGACAUUACCGAACACUGUCACUGACACCCCCAUCUGGUCUAUUCAUCCUACCACACACGUAAAACACACACACAGGCAUUCUCCUUUCAAUCCCCAUCAUCAUGCAUCGUUUUUUUGUUUGUUGCAUGUAUCACAUUUGGACAGUUCACUUUGUCACACUAAAGCUUGAUGGUAAAUCUGAAUUAUGACCAUGAGCUUUUACAUUUGUGACCGUCUGUCCUAUUGGUAGCGCUAAGACUACCCAUGUCACCGUAACGCAAUGUUUGUAAUUCCACAUUCUUACGCCUCCUGUCUCAAUCUCCACGUCUCUGUCAAAAGAGCUGAACGUUCACUCUUCCCCCAGUCGUGCCAUUCUCAAUCAGUAUUCACUCUUCCCCCAGUCGUGCCAUUCUCAAUCAGUAUUCACUCUUCCCCCAGUCGUGCCAUUCUCAAUCAGUAUUUUUAUCAUUUGCGACAUUUACAACCACUUUCUCCUUGAAGAACAGUGUGCUGGUACAAGCAGGGAGUAGUUAUAUGAAUAGGGCCUAUAGUAUCUCCUGACCAGGGAACAAUGCUGGGCCCUAGUUGAAGCAUUCUGAAGCCAAGUCCUCUGCAUUUCAUCUGACUGUCCGAUGGGGGUCAUACAUAAUCAGUGUCUCACAUCGGGUGUCAAAGGUCAUACUUGAGAUUGGCUGUAUAACUGAGCCUUAGUAAACCCUUUGCCUUAAAGGAGGAAAACAUGUGACAGCCUAGGCCAACUGUAGACAGGACCCAUAGUCUACUGAUAAGUGUUUUAAAGAAGUUUGUCCCGUGAUCAUUGUCAUAUAAUCACGUGAUUAUAUGACAACCCUUAAAACCAUCAUGAUACACACUGCUAUGCAAUGUUCAAUUUUGGAUUAUUAAUUUAAAAAACUCAGUAUUUACAAAUAACUCUUCACUUAAGAGUAGGCUUGAUCUAACCCAUAAAUGUACAAUAACAAUUGGCUCUUGCACAUUAAGAAGCCAAUGUAAAUAGAAAUAUAUGUACAAGUCAAACAAACCUACUGCUAGUAUCACCUACUGCUAGUAUCACCUACUGCUAGUAUCACCUACUGCUAGUAUCACCUCCAACGAAGAUUAUUUUACAUCUAAAUUAAAGUGUCUGCCUUUCUAAAUCUUCACUAUCAUAAAUUGUUGCUGGCCAAAUCUUUAAUUUGCUUGUUUCAAGAAACGAAUUAAUGUUGAACAGAUUACUGGGUCUAAUCUGAGUACAUAAGGAGGUCCCUAAAAACCUCAACCUAAAAAGGGUUAACUUUAUCACUUCAUGAAGUGGGAUUCCCCACUAUAAUUUGGGAGUAACUUUUGGUGUGUUUAUUCAAUAGGCUUAAAGUCGCACAUGUCAACACAACAUGGAUACUAGUGUCCUUAUUGGAGCAAGUGCUCAGGUCCCAAGGACAAGCAGAUAACUCUGGGAAAGUAAGAGGCUGGAUCCAGUGCUUUCUCAGACUGGCCUAGUAACACAUGAUUUCUGCACUACUCUGUGACCCAUCGGUGCUUAGGCCACACACUACAGACAGAAGGGUGAUUUCUAUGAAGUAGAACCUAAAAGAGAAAAUAUUUCCCUUUUAGGUAUGUCUUUUUAGUUUGUUAAUGGUUUACUUUUUUUUAGAUAAAUGACUGUAGUAAAUGUUUAUCAGUUGCCUGAGUGACAUUGUGUUGUGCCUGGCUUGGGGAUCAAAUUCCUAGUUGCUAUAACUGGAUUUAACAGCCACGUGUUCUCAUUACAUUACAAUAAAGCCAGGGACAUUAGUAUAUACUUGAACAUAACUGUUUCUGCUUUACCAUGUGGGAUCAAUGUAUAAAGAGGAUAUAUUAGUCUACUGUACAAAUGGAGUGUUGAAGUAAAUUGGCCAAAAACAAGUGGGAAUCUGACCACCACUCCAGCCCAGCAUCGGUGUGAACAUGUCUGUAUAGUUCUACAUAUUUAUAGUGUUGUAAUCUUUUUAGAGAAAACAAGUAAUAAAUUGUAUCAUUCAAGAAGUGUAUUUGUUAGAUUCUGUUGCAGCCUCCUGUCCUUGACAUAAUGCAGCAUCGAAGGCAAAUAAAAGGACAAGCAAACCA